UAAUUAGAUUUACAGACGACAUUCAUGGCAGAGUUAGAGCUAAGGUCUUUUCAUCGAUGAUGAUGAUGAUGGCGACGCUGAAUUCCCAGCUCCUAACUGCUCGCACUCAAAGCCCCCAAUUUAUUGCUCUCUUCCUCUCUUCAUUUCCAUCGUCAAUUGAAUCGCUAACCCUAGCUAGGCAGGGAGGCCCACUAACAGGAAUUCAAUUCGAUUCGAUUCGAUCUGAUCCUCAACGGGCUAUGGCACCAGAUUCUUCUCUCUCAAAUCGUGGGCCUGGAUAUGCAAUCGAAUCGAAAAUCCAUUUUCCCAAAGCCCCCAAACCAAACUCCCUCCUCACUUCCUCCUUCCGCUGCUCAAUUUGGGGAUUACGUUUUUCGAUUCGAUUGGGGAAGUUAGGGUUUAGGUUCGAGGCGGAGGAAUUUAGCCGGAUUCCAUGAAGAACACGAUUCGAUUACAUUUGGCGCUCGGAGGCCGGAGGGGUUUGGCUGUGCAGAGUGGUAAGGGAACCAAUCCGAAGCAGAAUCUAAAGAUUGAAGGGAUUAAGGAUAUCGUGGCCGUCGCUUCCGGCAAAGGCGGCGUCGGCAAGUCAACCACUGCAGUGAAUCUCGCAGUUUCACUGGCGAAUACGUUGGGGCUUAGGGUAGGCCUGCUGGACGCGGAUGUCUACGGACCGUCCAUUACUAUGAUGAUGAAACUCCAUGGAAAGCCUCAAUUGACUGAAGCUAGGAAAAUGACUCCUAUCGAAAGCUACGGGGUCAAAUGCAUGUCAAUGGGAUCUCUCAUUCCGGAAGGGGAGGCGAUCGUCUGGCGAGGUCCAAUGGUCAUGAAAGCACUUGAACAGAUGACAAGAGGAGUUAAUUGGGGAAACGUAGAUAUUCUCGUCGUGGAUAUGCCACCUGGCACCGGCGACGCUCAGAUUUCCAUCUCCCAGAGAUUGCAACUAUCAGGCGCGUUGAUUGUCUCGACCCCUCAAGAUGUUGCAUUGAUGGAUGCUCGUAGAGGCGUUGGAAUGUUCUCGCAGGUGCAUGUCCCGAUUCUAGGAAUCCUGGAGAACAUGAGUUACUUCAAAUGUCCUAACUGUUCGGAGCCGUAUUAUAUCUUUGGAAAAGGCGGAGCUCAGAAGACUGCCCAAGAAAUGGGCAUGAAGUUUCUUGGAGAGGUACCAUUAGAGACGGGGAUCAGACAUGGCGCCGAUGAAGGCAUCCCUAUCGUGAUAUCAAGUCCCAAUUCAUUUGUCAGCCGAGCCUACAACGAUUUAGCACGGAAAAUCGUGACCAGACUCGAGGAACUCGGCAGAGAGGGAGAAUUCUCAAGGCCUGAAAUCAACCUUUAGAUGCUACAGCUGAUUUUGAUGUUGAUUAUUCAUUCGAUCUUUAUAAUCUUUAUAGUGUAAUGAUAGAAAGAAAUAUGAAUUUGUGGAGGGAGUGUGUGUACUUUGAGAAAUUUUGAAAUCCAGAUUCAGAAAUGGAAAUUAUUUAUGCUGUUUCA